AUGUGGACGCCAUUGCUGGUUGCUUGCAAGGGAGGGCAUGUUGAGGCCGUGAAACGGCUGGUGAACAGUGGUGCAAAAAUUGCUACGGUGGAUAAGGACGGGGCUACACCGUUGUAUGUUGCAUCUGAGAAUGGCCACGCUGGCGUCGUAGCAUACCUCUUAGAAAAAGGAGUUGACGUGAAUGCAAGGAAAAAAGAUGGGUGGACGGCGAUGAUGAUUGCUGCUAAAAAUGGCCAUGUUGACGUCCUCAAAGAGCUUUUGAAACAUAAGGCGGAUAUUAAUGCAGAGACUGAAGAGGGGUGGACCCCGUUGAUACUUGCCGCUUUCCACACUCGAUUUCCAGUUGUCAAAUUCCUGGUUUCAAGUGGAGCCAAUGUUUCCAAGAAAAACAAAAAUGGGAUGACUCCGCUGCACAUCGCAGCUGCAAAUGGAAAAACUGACGUUGCAAGGUAUUUAGUGACGAGAAAGAAGGUAAACAUAGAAGCAGUGAACAAAAAUGGGGUAAGAUUUCUUGCAAAACAUUUGAAAGCUUACUAA